CACUUUGGAAUAACAAAUGAUACAAGUACAUACAUCGCGAGUAUAGACAGUCGUCUCGAAACGUUCGUCACGACUAUAGACUUUAUAAAGAAGUAUAGUUAUUCUUCAAUCCAAAAGAGUUUUAUUUCACUUCCCUGAAUAAGGUAGACCAUUCCAGAAUAUGGACCAGCGCGAAGAUGACAUCGCUGAUGAGAACGGCAACACAGCCCUGCACUGUGCCAUCAGUUGCCAGGAAUUCGAAAUAGCGACUCAACUGAUUAGAUUUGGCGUCGAGGUUUGUGCUAGGAAUAACAAGCACGUCACACCUCUACUAUUAGCUAUAGCCAACAGGAUUCCCAUCGGUUGUUUGGACAAGAGGAUAACUGAUUUUGGUAAAUGCGCUCGCUUCUCGUCAUGCAUUAAAUCUUACAAAUUUGCCAUCGAUGCCAGAGACGAGAAAAGACUCGUCAAGGUGUUCGCCCUAGGCAAUGAGAUUCUCAGCGGCGAUGACAAUCGUAAGCUCGUGAAGAUGCUGCUGAAUGCCGGGGCCGACGUCAACGCCAAGAGUCGGUACAACUGCUCGCCGAUCCAUUGUGCCGUCUAUACAGAUGAUCUCGAACUCGUGAAAAUUCUCUUUGAUGCCGGCGCCAACAUCAACACCCAGAACAAGGUAGGUGCUACGGCAUUGCACGCCGCCGUCUUGUGCCGUAACGAGUCAAUGGUUCGGCUACUGUUGAACAUCGGCGCCAGUGUCCACGCGCCUUACAAUGGACCUUGCCAGACGCCCCUGUUCUGGGCCUCGAUGCUCAACUGGGACAAUAGCCUCGAGGUUAUUAUAAGAGAACUCCUGGAGGCGGGAAGUGAUUUGAGCGAGGUGUUCUUAAGCAAUUUGGACCGCGAUUCGAAUGUGUUCCACUUGUCCGGUGAUAUUUGGCGAACUUCCUUCGAUUUUAUUUUGAUGUAUGGCAACAUCAACUUAGUCAAACUCUGCAUCGAGAAGUACAAUGCGGACCUGAAGUUGAGAGGAGUGGGCAUAAUGGAUGAAAGCGAUGCUUUGAAAUUCGCAGCCUACAACGAGGAUAUCAGCGUGAUGAACCUGAUGCUGGAGAAAGGAAUAACCAAGUGCACUUAUGGUCUGACCGCGCUGCAUCUCGCAAGUCUGUGGUUUAGACCACAACACGUUCGACAGUUAAUCGCCAAUGGUGCCGACGUCAACGUAUUGGUGCACGAUGAUUACGAAUCGUAUGCGAAUUACUCGCCGUUAGCGCUUAUCGUAAAUAAUAAUACGUUAAGUAGUGACUCUACGCCAGUACAUCACGAAGCGUUGGAAUGCAAAUUGGAUCGACCUAAUGCCGCGGAAGAUAGGAAGAAGACGAUAAAACUGCUGCUCGACUGUGGCGCCAACCGGAAUCAGAAGAUGAAUGAGCGAACAGAAACAGAUCUCGAUAGAGCCAUCUCGAACAGAUCCAUCGAUGACGAGAUCGACGAUGCAGAAUGCUUGAUCAUCGAGCACGCGGUCCUGGUCGAGGCGAGGACGAACGAGAAAGUGUUCGACGAGUACAACCUGAAGUCGAUAAACGAAAACCCUAGGUCGAAGGAGUACUACGAGAUGUGCCAAGCCGAGCUGACCGCCAUGAAGAAUAGCAAGAUCGGGGGUACGCUCAUCACGUACUUUUCCGUUCUGACGAAGCCGCUGGAAGUGGUGGCUCGUUACUUUAGAAACGAUAAAUUCGUCCAGGAGUUUGAGGCCAAUUAUCGAUCAGCUUACCCUGCUUAUGCUUGGCGGUUGAAGGGAAAAUUCGAAGUGGCUCGCGCUAGACAGCUGAAGUUCGAGCGAGCCCUUUUUGCUUUGAAUGGAUUGCUGAAAUUCACUGAUCCGACCUUCUUUACUUUUGAGACUGUUUUAAAAUAUUUAACCGAAGAAGACUUCGACUCGCUUAUUGAUCUUAUACCAUACGACAUUGAUUAAAAAACGUGUUAUUUUCAUUUGUAUUAUAUUGUAAGCGCCUUUACUUGUUUUGCUGUUUUACUGUGCCGUUUUAAUUAAUAAAUAUGCUACUGCGUUAUUGAUUUAUAAAUGAAUAAUAAUAAAAUGAGAGACUAAAAUCUAAA